UACCUCACACUGGUCUGUGACAGCUGUUUAUUGGCGUGCGAGAAGCGACUGCAAUUUUGCUAGAAAAAUUAAAAAUUUUCAAAAAAUCUAACCAAAAUGAAGGUUAUUUACAAUUCGCUUUUUAAACGUACAUCCACAUAUGCUGUGGCCAUCAUGGCAUCGGCCUUCUUCUUUGAGCGCGCCAUUGAUGUCACUUCGAACAUGAUCUUCGACAGCAUCAACAAAGGCAAACAAUGGAAGGACAUCAAGGGCAAGUACGAAUAGACGAGCGGUUGACUGCGGCUAGUUUUAAAUAAAACAAUGAUGUUGGUUCAUUGUAAUUAGCAUAAUUCAACGUUUAUUAUAAACGAAACGACAUCCGAAA